CGAGCGCGACUACUGUUUGUUUUUUUCUCUCAACGUGUUAGCAGAAUAUUUGUGGAUUUAACGGGAAUUUUUUUUUCUUUUUUUGGUUAAUAACGCAACCAAACCGAGCAAGGGGACAACCGCUGGUUUACCGAGUUGGAGUUUAUAGGAAGAUUUUCUUCACUGUGUGGUUUUCUUCUCACACCCAGGACCGGAAAAGAGCAUUUUACCCCUCAAGACAGCUGGCUUGCGGCCCCCCCGCACCGAUUUGCGCUUGAAGUUGAGUGAGCCAGCUGAGAUGAGCGGUCCAGAGGUGGCUAAGACACCAGGAGGCGGAGCUCCAGAAAAGGAAGGGAAAGAGCCGGUUGCCAAUGGCCAUGCGGGAGAAAACAAUGACGCCAACCCGUUUGCUGAAUACAUGUGGAUGGAGAAUGAGGAGGAGUAUAACAGACAGGUAGAGGAGGAGCUGUUGGAGCAGGAAUUCUUGGAGCGCUGCUUCCAGGAGAUGUUGGAGGAGGAGGACCAGGAUUGGUUCAUCCCUUCGCGCGACCUCAACAACCAGGGGGUGGGGCAGCUGCAGCAGCAGCUCAACGGCCUGUCGGUCAGCGAUCACCACAACAACCUGGAGGAAGUGGCGAGGAAGAGCAUCUUGAAUCCUGAAGCAAAGGAGUUUGUCCCGGGGAAGAAAUACUAGGAGUCCCCCUCACCCCCAUGGAGCCUCAGCACGCACGCACACACAUGCAUAAACACACUCAGACACAUGCACCAGUCCUCUCAUAUUCUCAGAGACUCUGGCGGCCACGGCCGCACACACGCUGAUCCUCACACGCAAGCAUGCACACGCACACACUUGAAGUCAGUGGCGUGCUGCCAGGCCCGAUUGGGGGGUGGGGGGUUUUCUUUUCUUUUUUUUUUCUUCAAUCUUUUUAUUUCCUGUUUGUUUCUUGUAAACUGAGGGACAUUGGGGAUGGGUGGGAGAGGGGGUGUAGUACCAGCUCUGCCCUUCUGUGGGCGCUAGCUCAUCAUUGCAUUUCACACCACGCUGUUGAUGUUUACAGAGCAUGCAGAUCUCAGCAAGUCCCUUGAAAAAUAGGCAGCUACUUGGGAGUGAUGCCAAGACAAAGUCUAAAUUCCAAAAGUUUAGUCUUUUUUUGUUUCAGUGUUAAUUUGUGUCUAAUUGGGUGAAAAACAAAAAACACACAUUUCCAGCAGGUUGAAGGUUACUAUGUUGCUGAGGUCAGAAGGAUGAACAUUUCAGGGGACUGCAGCGGGCUUCUGCCGUUGCUCUGUAAAGCCAUCACAGUAACCCGUUAGCGUUUGCUCCUACGAUGUCCUGUGACAUCACGGCUCAUGUUUAUCUAAACGAUGGAUGGUUAUUUGUAUCUGCAGCGGCUCUGUUCCAAACCACGUGCAAACCCCUCAGCCCUCUCUCCCUGCCGGUUGAAUCGAUCCGAACGCUCAUGGACGGGUGGCAUCAUGGAGAAGAACUUGUUUUCCCAAUUUGUGUUGACAUCCAUGCUUAUUUUUCAUCAAGUAUCCCAAUCAUGAGUUAAAUAAAGGAGUUGAAUAAAAUUGUCAAACAUCAAAGCUUUUUUUUUUUUUUUUUUUUUUUAAUUUUUAAAAACUCAGUCAUCUUUUUGUGUGUGCACAGCUUUAGUUCACGGCUCAGUUUUUGUAAGGUGUUCAUCCUUUUUACGGGGGCGGGGGGUACUUGGUCUGGAACGCAGCCACUGCCUCUUUCUGUCAGCUUGGUUUGUUUAGGAUCAGAUCAAGUGUUCAUAUCCAAAUCAGGUUUUUCAAAUAGCAUCUCAUCCUUCCCCUUAUUUUUCCUUCACAUUUUUUGUUUUUGAGGAUGAGGCUCUCUACUGGGUAUAGUAGCCUGUGGUGUCCAUUUAGUCCUGUUGGUAGGAGGAAACAAGUAGGGAGAGGUGAUCGUAUCGCCAUGGGGAUGGCAGUAUGGAGGAUGUGGCGGUCAGUAUUUAAUCCUUGCCGGUCUUGUCCUACCCUAGGAAUCUGACUUUUUGUUUUGAGGAAGUUCUACUUUAAAUCUUUUGUGGUCUAGAGUUCAAAGUGUCUCCCUGAUGCGAGUAUAAUAUCCAUUAAAUCGUGAGCCAGUAGGAAAAAGUUAUAUGUGACAAUACUCUUCAGGAAAUCCAGAUUCCUAUCACCAGUAAUCCUGAAUUGUUUCUUUUUUUCUUUCUCUGAAUCUCAGCCAUUUUGGCUU